GCGACCUCAGAAGUGCGCAUGCUCUGCUGGUGAAGCGGCGCUCCUCCUUCUCCGGGUCCGGAAGUCCUGGGUUGUUUAUUAAAUCACGACCGUCGUAAACUAGACUUUCCGUACGGCUUCCUAGCUUUACGAUGGCAACAAGUAUGGCGGCUGCUAGUGGUAGAUUUGAAAGUGCGAAGCGUAUCGAAGAACGGAAAGAACAGACCCGGAAUGCCAGAGCCGAGGUGUUGCGCCAGGCUAAAGCCAAUUUUGAAAAAGAAGAAAGGCGUAAAGAACUUAAGCGACUUCGGGGUGAGGACACAUGGAUGCUGCCUGACGUGAAUGAGCGAAUUGAACAGUUCUCACAGGAACACUCUGUGAAGAAAAAGAAGAAAAAAGACAAGCAUUCAAAAAAAGCAAAGAAAGAGAAGAAGAAAAAGAGCAAGAAACAGAAAUAUGAAAAAAACAAUGAGUCAUCUGAAAGCUCAUCAAGCUCUGAAGAUGAGUGGGUUGAGGCUGUUCCGUCCCAGACUCCUGACAAGGAAAAGGCAUGGAAAGUGAAAGAUGAAAAAUCACAAAAAGAUGACAGCCAAAUUAUGAAGAGGGAUGAGUGGAUGACUGUUGAUUUUAUGUCUGUUAAAACUGUGUCGUCCUCAUCACUCAAAGCUGAAAAGGAAGCUAUGAGGAAAAUAGAGCAAGAGAAAACCGAAGCACUUGAACAGUCCAAACUGAUGGAAAGAGAAUUGAAUCCGUACUGGAAGGAUGGAGGGACAGGUCUUCCACCCGAAGACUGUAGCAUGUCAUCGAUUACUAAAGUUUCAGUGGUAGAAGAUGGUGGAUUAAGCUGGCUAAGGAAGUCUUAUUUAAGAAUGAAGGAACAAGCUGAGAAACAAAAUAGAAACUUUGAGGACAUUGUAGCCGAAAGAUAUGGGUCAGUGGAAGUAUUUCAGUCGAAAUUAGAAGACGCUGAAAAAGCUGCAUCCAUAAAAGAAGAUUAUAGACGAGAACGGUGGAGGAAACCCACAUAUUCAGAUAAAGCAAAAAAUAGUCAAGAAAGUAGAAAAUCAGACUUAGUAAAAUAUGAUAACAGUUCACGUGAUAGAUAUGCUACAACAGACUCUGCAAAAAAUAGCAAUAAUGAUAAAUGUAUUGGUGAUGAAAAAGAUAAGAGACCUGGCUCUUUAGAAACAUAUAGAAGAGAAUCUAACCCAAGGCAAACUCAAGAGUUUUCUUCUGGAAAUUUGAGAGCUAAAUUCUUGAGACCCUCUGAUGAUGAAGAACUGUCAUUUCACAGCAAGGGCAGAAUAUGUGAACCAUCUAGUUCAUCUUCAGCAUUGGUAGCUCAGGGUUCUUUGCAUAGUGGUUUCAGAAAACCCACCGGGAACAGCGAAGAAAGAUUAACAUGGAGUCACUCUGAUGGGAGAGGAGACAAGAAGCAUUCAGAUCAAACGCCGCUGGAAACCAGUACCAGUGAAUACCAACACAUUACCGAAGAUACGAGAGAAAAACCGCGAGAUGAAGGCUUCAGAGAUGACCCUCCAGACAAACACCUGCAGGACCCAAAGGCUGCAUUUGCUGGUGCGGAGCAUGAGUCCAUUCACAUCCUGAGUGUCGAUGAGAAGAACAAGCUGGGAGCCAAGAUUAUCAAAGCAGAGAUGAUGGGGAAUAUGGAAUUAGCCGAACAACUUAAAGCUCAACUUGAAAAGGCAAAUAAAUUCAAAGAAACUGUAACGCAGUUACCAAAAAACUCUGGGGUAGAGAAUGAAGACCAGCAAGAAGUAAUCCUUGUCCGAACAGAUCAGUCUGGUAGAGUGUGGCCUGUCAACACACCAGGAAAGUCUCUGGGAUCACAAGGAGGAAGAAGAAAGAGACAGGUUUCAACCCAUGAGGAAAAAGAAAGGGUCAGAUACUUUCACGAUGAUGAUCAUCUAAGCCUGAGUGAUUUAGUCAAAAAUGAAAAGAUGGGCACGGCAGAAAGUCAAAACAAGCUCUUCAUGAGAAUGGCCUCUAAGUUUAUGGGAAAAACAGAUGGAGACUAUUAUACCCUGGAUGACAUGUUUGUCUCCAAAGCAGCUGAGAGAGAACGUCUUGGUGAAGAGGAAGAGAACCAGUGGAAAAAAGCUAUUGCUGAGCAUCGGAGUCUUGCUGCACAAAUGGAAAAAUGCCUGUAUUGUUUUGACAGCUCUCAAUUUCCCAAGCAUCUUAUUGUUGCAAUAGGUGUUAAGGUUUAUUUAUGUUUACCCAGCGUACAGUCUCUGACUGAGGGGCACUGCCUGAUAGUCCCUUUGCAGCACCACAGAGCAGCUACUUUCCUGGAUGAGGACAUCUGGGAGGAAAUCCAGAUGUUCAGAAAAUCACUGGUAAAGAUGUUUGAAGAUAAAGGAUUGGACUGCAUCUUUUUAGAAACUAAUAUGAGCAUGAAGAAACAGUAUCACAUGGUUUAUGAAUGUAUUCCUGUCCCCAAGGAAGUGGGUGAUAUGGCUCCCAUCUAUUUUAAGAAAGCCAUAAUGGAAUCUGAUGAAGAAUGGUCCAUGAACAAGAAGUUGAUAGAUCUCUCUUUAAAAGAUAUCAGAAAGUCUGUACCCAGAGGGUUACCUUAUUUCUCUGUGGAUUUUGGCCUUCACGGAGGGUUUGCCCAUGUAAUUGAAGAUCAGCAGAAAUUCUCUCAUUACUUUGGAAAGGAAAUCAUUGGUGGGAUGUUGGAUUUAGAGCCACGACUUUGGAGGAAAGGCAUCCGAGAAGGCUUUGAGGAUCAGAGGAGAAAGGCACUGCAGUUUGCUCAGUGGUGGAAACCGUAUGACUUCACCAAAAGUAAAAACUGCUGAGUGUACCUUCCGUUUUAAAAAUCUCUCUUCAGAUCCCGUCAGUUUUAUUUCCCCUGCAUCUAAUGAGGCAACCGACCCUCAGGUCACAGGCAGAGGAGUCACAGCAGCAGACUGCUCUGAGUCUGUGACAGCUGUACAUCAGGAGAUUGCGUUGUUCUUCUUCACCUGCUCCUGUGGAUAUUCCAAAUUGUUCAGUUAAUUUAGAGAAGGGCUUUUCUGAAGGGAUAUUUAGAAAGCAUAGGAAAUCCUUGUUGGGUUGUUAAGUCUAUUUUCUGGCUUCUUGUGCAUUUUAAAAAAUAAGACUUCGUGUAUUCAGUAAUGAUUUAAUGUCAGGAUUUCAUGGAAAAGCUCUUCAUUUUCUAAUAGCAGUAUAUAGUAUCACUUCUGUUCUUUUUGUUAAAGGAAAAGGAACUGUCCCCAAAGUAUUAAAGAAUUAAAUGAUACUGAAAAUA